CCGACACCACACCGCACCGCACCGCGCAAUACCCGCACUCUGAGCUCCACAUCGCGGGGGAACAUGCUGCCGCCGCGUCGGGCUCUUUCACCAUAAAGCUCCGCGGCUCCCACGACCCGAACCACGCGCAGACCUCCGAGUGUAGAGGAGCAUUUAAACUACAGCUUUCAUUGAAGACCUGUUGGGUUCCGUGUCGCCGCCAUGGGCAGCAAGACUCUACCAGCACCGGUCCCUCUCCACCCGUCCCUCCAGCUUGCUAACUACGCCCUCCUCCAGAGCUCCACUGGCCUCCAGCUGCCAGCAGACCAUUUCCACAGCAUCUACAGCUUCAGCGCCCUACACGCCAUCCACCUCCACCAAUGGACACUGGGCUACCCGCCUCUGGCCCUGCCCCGCUGCACCAUCUCCAAGCUGCCUGCCCAGUUCUCCUCCAUGGCCUCUCUCCCCAUGUUCCCUCACCUCCUGCAGUCCAAGCAGGACUCGGUGGGACUGCUGCAGAGCUCCAAGAACAAACCCCGCUUUGACUUUGCCAAUCUGGCAGCUGCAGCCACUCAGGAGGAUCAUCUGAAGGCAGAAGACCUGAGCAUGUCAGGCGCCACCGCCGCCGCCGCACAGGCUUCAUCUCAUCACCCGACUUCCGCCGGCCUCGCCUGCCUCCUGGAUGUUACCAAACUGUCCUCGCCGGAGCGCAAGUCCAGCAGGGGCCGACUGCCUUCCAAGACCAAGAAAGAAUUUGUCUGCAAGUUCUGCGGCCGCCAUUUUACCAAAUCCUACAACCUUUUGAUCCACGAGAGGACGCACACGGACGAGAGGCCGUAUACCUGUGAUAUCUGCCACAAGGCCUUCAGGAGACAGGACCACCUCCGGGACCACAGGUACAUCCAUUCCAAAGAAAAGCCCUUCAAGUGUCAGGAGUGUGGGAAGGGCUUCUGUCAGUCCAGGACUCUGGCGGUCCACAAGACAUUACACAUGCAGGUCAAGGAACUGAAGCCAGCCAAGAUCAAGUGAUCAGGGCCGGGACGGGGACACUGUAAACAUAUAGGACCAAAGACAAACAACGGAGAACAACCAAAGACGGAUUCAUCUCAGCUUUUGGAGGCAGAACUCCGUCUGUGUGGGAAUACUCUUCAACGAUGAACCAUUUCACCAGCCACUUCUUUAUGGAAUAAUAAUGCAUAAAUACUGUAUGCCUUACUGGAGAAGUGUAUGCAUAUUAUCAAAGCUCGACUUUUCAAUGGAUGUGUGAAAUGUGAAAUGGAUAUGUGUGGCUGCUCAGUGAAAUGAUUUGUUUAUAAUCCCAAAAAUGUUUUUUAAAAGGGACACAACUGUUACGCAAUUAAUUAUUUUUUAUAACAACUGAGAAUAAUCAAAGCCAUGUUAAUACAUUUUACUCCUUUUCAAUAUCACACCCCAAUGUUAUUUUUGUACAGAUGCAUUAUAUAUAUAUAUUAAAAAAAUGUAUUUUUGCACUUUAACCUGAUAAUUGAUUAUUUACAUAUAUCACUGGAUUUUCUUAAACU